AUCCCACGUGUCGAUAAAAUUAACCCAUCCCCAUCACUCUGUACUAAAUCUUCACCUGAAAGUCCCAGCCUUACUCCCUCAUCUCAUUCCUCUUUCCAAUUAACAUUUCAGUCUGCUCUGUCUCUCACACUUUAGUCACCUGAAGAUGUGUAACCAUCAGGCUAUGAAGAAGAAGAGGAGAAUGCAAACAGCUACAACUACUCCGACUUUCGUUUCUUUAAAAUCAUCUUGUAAAACUAGUACCAGGAGGAGGAAACCCAAGUACCUCAGUCUUAACUUAAAGAUUGGCCUUGAGAAGAAGCCAGACAUCUCUAGGAAGAAGAUGAAGCUGACGAAAGAGCUGCAUCAACAGCUCACUCUCUUCCCUCUUUACCCGGAGAACUUAGUUGAAGAUACUAAAGAUUACAGCCAUGAACAAGAGAAUGAAGAUAACGACGUUGUCGCCAGCUUCCUGUUCGACGCCGCCACGGAUAGUUCCUCCACUCUUAACGGUCUGCUGACUUCGACGACCUCCGAUCGGGAGAGCCCCGCGGUGUCGCCGCUUUCGCUGACGUUUGCAUACGGCGAAGAUCGUUGUGACGAUCAUAACUAUGGGCUGGUACGGACGGCCAUAAGGGGUAAAGAGAGGGACCCCGGUGAGGAGAAAUGGGUAAGUUACAGUGAGGUCGUGGAGAAUAAUAGGAUUAUUGUUAAGGAAGAGGAGGUGAUGAGUAGUAGUUGUAUUGAUGAUCAUGAUGAUGUGGAUGAAGGUGCAUGGAGUAUGAAACAUGUGCAGGGGCAGAAUAAGAAAUUGCUAUUGUCUUUGAAACUUGAUUACCAGGAGAUAUUGAAUGCUUGGUCUGAUAGGGGUCCCCUCUAUGUUGACGGAGAGUCCCCACAAACUGUUCCUGAAUUGCAUGAUGCCAAUGUGGCAAUAUAUCCCUGCAGCAAUGUCGGUAAUUUGUGGAGUGUGCCUGAAAUGACUAGUAAUGAUGGUAGCGACGCAGUAGGAGGCAAAGGAGGCUGGAAGAUGGAGCAUAGAGAGGCAAGUGUUUUGAGAUACAAGGAGAAAAGGCAAAAUAGGCUUUUCUCCAAGCGCAUCCGAUAUGAAGUUCGAAAGCUCAAUGCUGAGAAGCGCCCUCGCAUGAAGGGUCGAUUUGUGAAGAGAAGCUCAGAAGUGUAGAUAUAUGGAUCUAGUGUUGUUCCUUAGAAGAGAGUGGUACUGGGAUUGUUUGCCGACCUUUUUCUUCUCUUUUAUGUCUUCAUUUCUAGCUAAUUUAUUCGAUCAUGCAUCCAUGUCAAAUAGCAUAAGCAUAGUUUUGUUUACCACCCAAUAUGAAAGAGAGAGAGAGAAUAAAAACAAGUGAUAACAGCUACAUUGGAGGUGUUCUGGUAGAGAAGAGAAGAAGUGCCAAGUUUGUAAUAAUAGACAGAUUAGAUCAUAUACUUCAAGUUACGAGUUGCAGAAUACUGUGAGUUGUAAGAUAUAUAGUUCUCCUAGCUACUAGACUGUACUGUGGUGUAUAUGGCGAAGAGAGAACAUAGUGAAUCUUUUGAAUUUUUCUAUCAGAAA